CAGUGAUGCUUCACCAAAGGACUCCAGUGAUGCUUCAUCAAAGGACUCCAGUGAUGCUUCAUCAAAGGACUCCAGUGAUGCUUCAUUAAAGGACUCCAGUGAUGCUUCAUCAAAGGACUGCAAUGCUGUUCCAUCCAAGGACUCCAUUGAAAUAGCUAGAAAGGAUUCCACUGAAGUUUUGUCAAUGGACUCUGGUGAAGUUUCAGUGAAAGACUCCAGUGAAAUUUCAGUAAAGAACUCUAACAUAAUGUCAGCAGAGGAUUCUUUAAGAAACUCAAUUGAAAAGCCAGUGAAAGAUCUUACUAUCAUUCCAUCAGAGGAAGCCCACGAAGUUCCAGUGAUUGCCUCAGGUGAAGUUGCAAGAACUGACUCAAAUGAAACUGUUUUACCAAAGCAGUCUGGCGAUAUCCUUAAAGAUACUAAUGACACUAAGAGCAACAUUCCAGCUGUAGACUCUAGUGAAGUUGUAUCGGUGACACCCAGUGAGUUACGAGCAAUAGGCUUCAGUGAUGUUUCAUUAGGUAAUACCAGUAAGAUUUCAUCAGCAGAUUCUAGUGAAGUUCCAGAGGAUGACAGUAAUACAAGGAAGAAUAACAAGGAGAUCAAGAAUUCCAGUGAAGUUACAGCAGUGAAUUCCGGUGAAGUUCUUGUGAAACACCUCAGAGAGACGUCAGACGAGGAUGAUAAUGAAGCCUGGGUGGGUAACUUGGGGGUAGUUACAGAAGUUGCCAGUGUUGCUGAUGUUGCUAAAGUUGUUGCAGAAUGUCAUCUGAAGGGUUGCAGGGAAGCUACAUUUGAUUCUAGCAAAGCUUCGCAACUGGAUGUAGUAGCGAAAGACAAUGAUGAAGUGUUAGUGAACAGCCCAAGGAAAGCCCCAGAGAAAGACAUGACGAGAGUGUCUCUGUCAGGUGUCUCUGCACCAGGUCUGAAUGAAGGAGAUGAGAUUGCCAGUGUGAUUGCCUUGUCAGUAUCAGCCAUGGAAACAGAAAAAGAUACCCCAGCGAAGUCUGGUGAAGCUUCAGACAAAGAAAGUUCUUCUAAUAAAAGUCAAGAUCAUGACAGUUCCUCUCUAACAUCUGUAGAGGAAUCUAGUAAGUUAUUAUCUAAAGAUUCCAGUAAAAUGUCUCCAUGCAAGGAUACAGGACUAGUAUCAUCAGAUAGUUCUGUUGAUGUAUCUUUAGUGGAUUGUAGCAAAACACCCUUGGAAAAAUCCAGUAAGAAUUCACCCAAUGAUUCCUGUAAAGAGUUGCCUCAGGAUUGUGACUUCAAUGAACCUGAGACUGCUAGUAAAACCACAAGUGAAAAGGUAACCAAACAUUCCAGUGAAAGUUCUACUGAUAACUUGAAAGAAAUGCUGCCCAAAGAUUCUGAAUUUUCUUCAAAGAGCAGUUCUAAAGAACCAACCAGAGACUGUUUUCAAGUACCAUCCAAAGUGGCAGCUGAAGAGUCCAGUCAGAUGAUAUACAAAGACAGCUCUUUACCAUCAUCUAAGGCAUCUUGUGAAGAAGAUAAUGACACCACUGAAAUUCCAAGCAAGUUGUCUUCUGGAAUGUCAAUAAAAGACUCCACUCAAACAGUAAUGGAAUCUGAAGUAUCAACAAAGGAUGCCACUCAGCCACCAACAAAAGAUUCUCCUGAAAUAUCAGUAGAGGAGUCUUCUGAAAUAUCAGCAAAAGAUUCUGCUGAAGCACCAAUUGUGGGGCUUCAGAAAUCAGAAAAGAACUCAGCUGAAGUAACAACUACAGAGUCUCAUUUAUCCACAAAGGAAACUGCUGAAGUGGCAGUGAAGAAGCAUCAAGUAUCAGCAACAGACUCUCUCAAAGAAUCGACUGAGGAAGCUCAAAUAACAAAUAAAGACUCCAAUCUAAUACCAUCUAUGGAUUCUCCUCAGGAAUCAGCAAAGGGGUCUCCUCAAAUACCAAAGGAGUCAACUCAGUUACCAGCAAAGGAGUCUCCAGUAUCAGCAACUGACUCCACUCCAGUACCAACUAAGGACUCUUCUCAGUCAUCAAAAGAGGAAAUAUUACAUAAUUCACCCAAGAAAUCUCAGAAUGAAGGAGAAAGCUUAGCUUCAGUUUGCACAUCAGAAGCUUUGGACCAUCAAUUGGUUGAAGAUACUAUUCAGAAGAAUGUGAAUGAUAAAAAUACUUGUAACUCAAUUAAAGAUACUACUAUACCAUCCACUGAGAGUAAUUCACAAGAUGUUGCUGAGUUAGAUGAACAUAGUUCAGUUAGCAAAGAUAAAGAAGAAAAUGAAGAUCCAAAAUCUUUAUCACUACGAGUGUCAAUUUCAAGAUCAUUUGUUAAAAUUCCCGAUCCUGAUGAGGAGAAUGUGGAAGAUGAUUUGACAGACAGUAAUAUUUGUAGUAGAUCAACAGCUAAUGUGUCCAGUUGUCCCAAUGCUAGCAUAUCACCUACCAAUAUCAGUUCAGCAGAAAGUAACCAAAAAUUAUUAGAGGAUAAUCAGAUUGACAACAAAAUCAAAUCCACAAAGACGAUAAGUGAGACUACAAAGAAAGAUUCAGAAGUGUCAUGUUUAGGAAUAAAUGAAACCUUACCAGAACCGAGGAAGAGUAAAGAUGUGCUAGAGAGCAUAGAAACUGAGAAGUUGGCAGCAGCUGUUGCUAAAAUUUCCACUAAGAGUACCCCUGCUGCAAGAGAUGUCAUCCCAGAAGCAGACCUAAAACAUCUAAAGUCUGCUUCAAGCAGAGAAUCAUCAGGAACCAAGAAAUCAAAAUCACAGGAGUCCAGCAGGAAGAAAAAGGAUAAAAGUACUACUUCAAGCAGUCAUGAAAAUAAAAGCAGAAGUGGGGGAAGUAAGAAUGGAAACAGAGGAAAAGACUCAAGAAAAGAAAAAGUUAAGGCUGAUAUUCCAGCUAAAGGUAGCUUAUCUGAGAAGCACAAAGAUGAUAGUAACACAAAAGGCAAGACAUCUGGAGAGAAACAUCCUGAAACAUCUUUGGACACAAACAAGGCAUGCAGUAAUGAUGCUCAACAGGUCAAGGAACAAGAACCUAAACAGCCUAAGAAACACAAGAGUGAUAUUAAAAACACUGAGAAAAAAUCAGAGCCAAGUCAAAAGAGAGAGAGUAGCAAUAAUGGAAAAGAUGGGAUGGGAAAGGAUGCAAAAGUAAAUAGCAAGAGUUUAAUCAAUAAAGCUUUGCUAAGUUCAUCAUUGAAAGAAAAGUCAUGCACUGAUCAGAAUAAGGAUGAUACUGUAGAGGGUACACUGACAUUAUUACAGAAAGGACCUGAAGACUCCAUUCACACUCUAGAAGAUUCAGCAAGUGGUCCAACAUAUCAACAACCUGACUUACCAGCUUGUCAGUUGGAAAAGAAAGGUAAUGCUAAAAAGGAUGUACCAUCUAGUGGAAGCACUGACAACGAUACCAGCAAUAAUACAAUAACUAACCAGGAACAAGAUGAGGGUAAAUGCUCGGGAACAGACUCACCAAAGGCAGGGGAAACAAGUCCUAAGGUAAAGUUGGGUGAUUCACUGAGAGAAAAUGAUAAUAGGAAGACUGUGAACAAUGCUGAUAUACAUAAAACUGGUGAUUUGAAACAAAACAAAGAUAGGACUCCUGAUAAAGAAAGAGUUCUGCCAAAGCCUGAUACAGGGACAAAGUCACCUGAAAAGUUGACUCCUCCGAGGGAAAAAUCUAAAUCAGUCACUUUUGAUGAUCAAGUAAAGAAAGUUGCACCAGAGCAAGGAAAAUUAAAUAGUGCAGAUAAAGAGAAUGUGAAAUCAAAGAAAAAGGAUGACAAGCUUCAGAGGGAAAAAGAACAUUCCUCUCCAACAGCUGAAAAAAAGAACACUCCCUCUGAAAGAAAAAACACUAGCCAGUCACCAGGCAGUGCAACAAAGAAGCGGUUAAUUAGAGAUGAGCGCAAGACUUCAUUUGAUCUAGAAUUGGCAAAGAUAUUUGGAGAAACACGAAGUGAAGUUGUAAGUAAAAAGAAGAAAAAAGUAAUACACAAGGUGAAAAAAGAUUCCCUGGGGAAAGUCAAGAAACUUCACAAAACUACUAAUCAAGGAUGCAGAGAGAAAGAUAAACCAAGCUCAAAGGCUCCUCUACAAAAAGAAAACAAGCAGGCAUCGUCAAGCUCAAAUAAAGAGUGCAGUAAUGAAAUUGUUGCUUCAGAAAAUAAUAAGAGUGUGGUCAUUGUUGAUGAGAAAGAACACAGCGUCAAAACAUCGGAAGGUAAAGUAAAGCAGCAUAACAAUGAACAGGAUAGUCCCAAAGCAGCUGAGAGCAAAGUUCAACAGCAAAGUGCCACAUCCCAUGAAAACAAAGAACAGCAGUGUAGUGCUAAUACCUCAGAAGACAAACUCCAACAGCAAAGUGUCAAAACAUCUGAUGGCAAAGAACAGAAGCAUAGUGCUAAAAAUUCUGAAGGCAAAGUUCAGCAGCAUGGUGUCAAAGUAUCUGAAAGCAAAAUUCAGCAGCAUGGUGUCAAAGUAUCUGAAAGCAAAAUUCAACAGCAUAGUCUAAAGACACUUGAAGGGAAAAUUCAUAUUACCAAAACAUCAGAAGUUAAAGAGAGGCCAAGUACCAAAUUAUCAGAUGUUAAAGAAAAGCAAAGUACCAAAGCAUCAGAAGUUAAAGAAAAGCCAGUUACCAAAACAUCUGAAGGUAAAGAAAAACAAAGUACCAAAACAUCGGAAGUUAAAGGAAAGCAAAGUACCAAAGCAUCAGAAGGUAAAGAAAGGCCAGGUACCAAAACAUCAGAAGGUAAAGAAAAGCCAAGUACCAAAACAUCAGAAGUUAAGGAUAGGCCAAAUACCAAAACAUCUGAGAUUAAAGAAAAGCAAAGUACCAAAGCAACAGAAGGUAAAGAGAGACCAAGUACCAAAACAUCUGAGAAUAAAGAAAAGCAAAGUACCAAAACAUCAGAGGUUAAAGAGAAGGAAAGUUUCAAAACAUCUGAAGGUAAAGAAAAGAAAAGUGCCAAAACAAAUGAAGGCAAAGUGCAACACCAUGAUCUUAAAACAGUUGAUGAUAAGGAACAAACAGAAGCCACCACAGCAAAUUCAGGCAGGGAAAUUGGUGUAAAGGAUUCAAUUACUGAGAAUAAUGAUCAUACUGAGUUACAAGGCUCUAAGAAUAAUGAGGCACAAAUCAAGAAUACUACCCCAAAAGAUACAGUAGAAGAAGUGAUAUCCAAUAAAGAAAAAGCAAAAACAGCAGAUGAAAACCUAGGGGAAACAAAUGUAGAAUGUUUAGAAGGCAAAAUUUUACUCAUCACAAGGAACGCCAGUAAAGUAGACCUCAGCAAGAAACAUGUGAGCCGCUGGGAUGUUGUUAACAAGGUGGAGAAAGGGGAAAAAGUUCAGCCGGUGCCAGAUCGAAGUUGUGCAACCACUACCAAAAAGAGGAGCCGAUGGGAUCAGAUGGUAAAGGAAAGCAGUAGAUGUGUACCAAAAGAACCAGAUAGUAAAGAAAGUGUGAGUGAGGAGGAUGAGAAGGGCAAGGCAAAAGACAAGAUCGUAGAUGUGAAAGAAGAUUGUCCGGAAUCUGCAGAUACACUGGAUGAGUCUGUGCUCAUUUCUAAGAAAUUAAAGGGGGCUGAACCAUAUGCUGACAAGAAUAAGAAGCUUCAGAAGACCCUUAAUGAUUUAUUUUACGAAGAAACUCCAGCUGGGAAUGAUGGGGACCAGACAUCAACAGCCUCAGAUCAACAAAAAAAAUCAAAACCCAAAUUAAGAAAAACUUUAACAGAUCUUUUUGGUAAUUUAUCUUCAUCCUUCUGUGAUGAUGAAGAAGAAGAUGAGGAAUAUGAGCCUAGUGCUGACUUCCAGAAUAAACGUGGAACACUGAAUAGCACAGACAGUCUGCCAGAAGUAGAUGGAGAAGGAGAGUAUGAACCAAAAUCAAUUAGCAAAAUUACUACAGUCGAAGAAUAUGAUCCAAAAUUUUCACAAAAAAGUUCACUGAAACCAGCUUAUGAGCCAAAGUCAACAUCAAAACCAGUUUCAGAGACUGAGUAUGAACCACAACCAAUAUCAGCAGUUGCCAACAAACCAGAAUACACUCCAAAACCAAUUAACACAGAUAGUGCAAAAACUGAGUAUGAGCCCAAACCUAUUUCAAAAGCUCUCCCAAAGCCUGAGUACAAACCCAUGUCUGUGUCCAAGAGUUCAUCUUCAAAGAAAAGCCCUGAAAAUGCCUCAAAGACAGCUGCUGAGAAACGAAGUGACAGUGGAGGAUUGGCAGCACCAAAACCUGAUUCAAAGCCGAAGCCUGGGUGUGACUCGCAUUCUACAAGAACGGCAAAAUCUGAUGAUAGUUCUAAGACCUCAAAGGGGGAAUCAAAAAUGUCUGACUCAAAAUCCUCAAAGAACUCAGAUACUGAGGACCUGAAGACUCCUAAAGGGAAUUCAGACUUAGAACAGGUUCUGAAAGCACUAAAAACUAUAUCAAAGAUAGACCAAGAUUCAAAAUCUAAGCCAUCAUCAAAAUCAGAACAAGAUUCAAAAUCUAAGACAUCAUCAAAAUCAGAACAAGAUUCAAAAUCCAAACCUACAUCAAAAUUGGAACAUGAUUCAAAAUUGAAAUCAAAAUCAAAAUCAGACCUGUCUUCAAAAUCAGCAAAAGACUCAAGAUCAAAGUCAGAAAAAGAUUCCAGACCAUCCAAAGGGAGUUCCAGGUCAGAACAUGAAUCGAGACACAGCUCCUCAAAGAGAAAAUCAGAUACAAGGCCUGAACCAUCGAAGAAAGCUGCACGAGCAGAUGAAUCCUCGCAGACUUCAAAAAAGCCCUCAAAAGAUGAACGUGAUUCUAAGUGUGUGAAGGAGGCAUCAAAAUCUCACUCUGACUCAAAAUCCAAAAGUGUGUCCAAUUCUGAAUGUAAUUUAAAGUCCACAAAAAGUAAUGUUAAGUCUGAGGUUGAUGGAAAGAUGCCAAAGGCUUCUGACCCAAAGUCCUCAAGAGACAUGUCAAAAACAGCUCAUUCAAAGCAUUCAAAACCCUCAUCAAAAUCAGAUUCCAGCUCAAAAUCUUCAAAAGAUUCCAGAAGACCAGAAAGUGAACCAAAAUCUAAAGGGGUAUCCAAGGGAGAAAAUGCAUCUGCAAACACCAAAGAGCAAAUGAAAUCAGAGAGUGGAAAAUCAUCAAAAAUGGUAUCAAAAGAUCCAUCCAAGCCAGCAAAAUAUCAGGUGGAUUUAAGUGAAACUGUCUCUAGAGAGUUACCAUUAUCAGACAAAGAUUCCAAAUCAUCUAAAAGAACAGGCUCAGAUCAGUUGAAAAAGUCCAAUAAAGAAGUUAAAACAUCCAAGGAGCCCAACCAGACCUCUGUGGCAAAAGAGAGUUCAAGUUCUCAGACAUCUUUGGAAGUAAAAUCAUCUAAAAAGUUGUUAAGUCCUGCCUCAAAAGAAACCAUGAGUACAGAAAGAGGUCAGCCAUCAGGAGUUGCAGCAGCCAAACCAGAGGAAGAAAUGAAAUUCAAAGACUCAUCAAAAUCAGAAAAACACAAAAAAGUUAGUUCAGUUGUACCUUUGUCAGAGUCUGACUCUUCAUCCAAAAAAGAUCCUUCAAAAUCAAGCCAGAAUGCUGUGCUCUCAGAGAACAUCAAAUCAAAAGGAGAGCAAGAUAUGAAGAACAGCAACCGAACAUCUGCAAAUUCCCAAAGUAAAGGUAAGAAAGAUGACGAUCAGUAUGUACCAAAAGCAAUCUCAAGUGAAAAACGAGCCAAGUACAUUCCUCAGGCACUGACAUUACCAACCAGUAACAUAAUUGAAGAGGAUGAAUACAGUCCCCUCCCAGUUGGGCUUGAUAAACCAACACCAGAGUACAUUCCAAGUGAUAUCUCUGAGAAGUCUAAACAUUUACUGCAAGAAGAGGAAUAUGUCCCACAGCCAGCUAAAGUUAUACCUUAUGGAGCUGGUGGUUCAUCAACACCUAAGGACACUAACAAGGAAACACUGGAUCCACAAUCUAACCAGCAGCUAGUAGUCACUCACAGCAUUGACAAAGUUAUCCCAGGGUUUUAUCGUGAGCAGGAGGGUGGUGAUAGUAGCCAAGGCAACAAAGAUGCAAACUCAGGGAAGGAUCCGUCUGGCAGUGGAUCCUCAAAAAAGAAUGGGGCUAGAAAACUAAAGACAAAAGUGCCUGGGCCCGGUGCAGCUUCAGGUGGUUCAAAAGUACUAGUGUAUGUUCCACCACCACCAACCUAUGAACAUAUUGUGAACACCCUAGCAAAUUACGAUAUUCCUGAAGUAGUCCAUCCAACUGCAUUUUGUAGCAAUCCAACUGAUGUACCCCCAAAGAGUUUGGAAAUAGGAGGCAAAGUUCUUAAACUGCAGACAACAAUGACAUCAGAUUUAGGUGACUUUGAGGGCCGUUUUCAAGAGGAUGGGCUUUAUAAUUGGAGGUUGCUUUUGAAUACUUUAAAUUCAGAAGUGUCGGCACAAGUCGUUCAUGAUCCAUGUAUGAUGAAGACUCAGGGUAGUGCUAAGUCUGCAGUACUAACGCCACUGAGAACUCCACCAUCACCAGCAGAUGUGACAAAGUGGCUAAAAGCAAGGAAGAUCAUUAAGACAAUUAAUGAGGGGAAAGGCGAUGAAAGUGAUGAUGAUGAAAACGAUGAUGAUCCAUCAUCUUCUUCAAGAGAUAAGCAGAGGAAAUCAGAGGAUAAUGUUGGUAGUUCUUCAUCAGAUAAAGGGACCUCUGUAAAAGAAACAACACAAAGCGAGUCAUCUGGUGAGAAGACAAAAAGUCUAUCCAAAAAGUGUGUAGAAAAUGUUAUAUUUAGCACCAGCACACCCCAGUCACAGAAGUUCUCAGGCCUUAAAUCACUGCAGCUAACACCUAUAGGAAAGACCAGAACAGCAGAAGAAAGUGCUGUAGUGGGAAAGAAUCCGUCAGCAGUAUCAGGCCAGAGGAGCACGAAACGUAGAGUGUCAUGGGAAAAUGAUGUGCCACUCACAACAGUUGCGACCGAACCCAAGAGGAGACGAGUUUCUUUUGAAGGAAUGUCUGACACAGACCUAGGUGUUCAGAGGCUAGACCGCGAUGGAAGUCAAAAGAAGGAUAAGUUUGGUAGUCUUGAAUUGGUUCCAGAGGAAAUACAAGAGGCUACAGACGCAAAUAUGCCACCAAAGCAACAUCAGCCAGAAGGAUCAACCCUUGCUACUACCAGUGAAACUUCAGGUCCUGGAAUGAAGAAAGGGGAUCACUUUCAAGGUGGAACACAACAGUCAGAGAAGAACAAAUCUCCCCAGAUGUCAGAGGUGAGAGCAGACCCUUCACUUUCUGACACUGAGGACUUCAUUGACAGUUCUCAGCCUCAUGUGUCACUUACUCCAUCUGUCCCAUCAAAGAUUGCAAGACAAGGUAGUCAGCUUAGCAGUGAUUCCAGUCUUCGUAGACAACUAAUGGACACACAAUUUCGCCAGCAGUUUCUUAGCUUUUCUGAAGGACCAGCGUCAUUAUCACAGGGUAUAGAAGGUCCAACUUUGAACAACACUUAUGGGUUUAGAUUCUCGACCCAAAACCUGCGUGAAGCAAAGGCACUCCAUGAGCACGAGUUCCUCACAGUAAUGUGCCUAGAGUGCCACGUCACCACAAGGCCCGGACUGCUACCUGACCCACAGCUUGACCCUAUUUCAGCUGUCUUGUUCACCAUCAUCCAGGAUGUUCCGGACGACCACCCAACUCCGCAGAAAUUGAAAGGUGCUCUGGUAGUAAGCAGUGGAGGCUGUGACCUGAUCACACGGUGUGGCAUCACUGACCUCUCUGUACUUCAUGUUGAUAGUGAGAUUGAAAUAUUUAAAGAAGUCAUCAAGUUGGUUACCACGUGGGAUCCAGAUAUGUUAGUUGGAUAUGAGGUACAGAUGUCAUCUUGGGGUUACUUGCUCGAGCGAGGAACAGCUUUGAAGUUGGAAAUCAUCUCGCAGCUCUCUCGCGUUCCUGAGGGUAGCUCCAGUCACUAUGCUGAAGACCUAGACGAGUAUGGUGCUGACCACACGUCACAGAUCCAUGUCACUGGCAGGAUUGUCCUUAACGUGUGGAGAUUAAUGAGGGCAGAGGUGGCGCUUCAGAGCUACACUCUAGACAACGUGGCAUACCAUGUUCUUCACACCAGAAUUCCCUCGUUUCCUCAUGACUCUCUGAGGAGGUGGUGGUCAGAGGAUACAACAAGAUGGCGCACCCUGGAGCACUAUCUGAAUCGCUGUAGUCUCACAAUAGAACUGCUACACCGGUUAGAUCUUAUUCACCGAACAGCAGAACUGGCAAGAUUGUUUGGAAUUCAGUUCUAUGAUGUAUUGGCUCGUGGAUCACAGUAUCGUGUGGAAUCAAUGAUGCUGCGUUUAACGAGACGUGCCAACAUGGUGGCAGUCUCUCCCAGCAUCCAGCAGAGGGCUGCCAUGAAAGCCCCUGAGUGGAUUGCUCUGACCUUGGAACCAGAAUCAAGAUUCUACACAGAUCCAGUUGUGGUGCUAGACUUCCAAAGUCUCUAUCCUUCCAUGAUGAUUGCGUACAACUACUGCUACUCAACAUGUAUUGGACGGAUCAACAACCUAGAUGGUCCGCAGCCUAUUGAAUUUGGAACAUCCCACCUCAGGGUUAGUCCACAGGAGCUCUCCAAGUUUGUGGAUAAGGUCAACAUUUCACCCUGUGGUAUUGCUUUUGUGCCUGCAAGUGUCAGGAGGGGUGUUCUUCCUAUGAUGCUGGAAGAGAUUUUGAAUACAAGGAUAAUGGUAAAGAGGAUGAUGAAAGUGUACAAAAACGACACAUCGCUUCAACGUGUUCUCCACUCUCGCCAGUUGGGGUUGAAGCUCAUUGCCAAUGUCACCUAUGGCUACACCAGUGCAAACUUCUCAGGCCGCAUGCCUUGCUCUGAGGUGGGUGACAGUGUUGUGAGCAAAGGUCGUGAGACCCUAGAGCGCUGCAUUCAGUUCAUCCAUUCGAACAAAGCAUGGAAGGCCCGUGUUGUGUAUGGAGACACAGAUUCCCUCUUUGUCCACCUGCCUGGCCGUACAAAGGACCAGGCCUUUGUCAUAGGCAGCGAGAUUGCUGAACAGGUUACCCAGAUGUACCCUAAGCCAGUCAAGCUGAAGUUUGAAAAGGUGUAUCUACCUUGUAUUCUGCAGACAAAAAAGCGAUAUGUUGGCUACAUGUAUGAGACUCGAGACCAACGCGAUCCUGAGUAUGACGCAAAAGGCAUUGAAACUGUGCGGAGGGAUGGUUGUCCUGCCAUUGCCAAAAUCUUAGAGAAAUCCUUGCGGCUGCUCUUUGAAACAAAGGACGUCUCACAAGUGAAAGACUUUGUACAGAGGCAGUUUGUUAAGAUUCUCCAGGGAAAAGUAUCCAUCCAAGAUUACAUAUUUGCCAAGGAAUACAGAGGAAUCAAGGGAUACAAGCCAGGAGCAACUGUCCCGGCCUUAGAGCUGGCAAGACAAUGGACAAGAAAAGAUCGCAGGAAAGAACCCAGGACAGGAGAACGUGUUCCAUAUGUGAUUGUGUAUGGUGCUCCUGGAUUACCUCUCAUUCAGCUGGUACGAUCUCCAAAAAAUGUCCUAUUAGAUCCUGCCCUUCGUAUCAACUCCAUCUAUUACAUCACCCGAGCUAUCAUUCCCCCUUUGGAGAGGUGCUUCUCUCUAUUAGGAGUAGAUGUUAAUUUGUGGUACAAUGAUUUACCAAGACCAGCAGCCCAGCAAAAUAAAGCAAUAGUAGCGGAAGCCAGUCAUGGAACCCUUGUGAAAUCUGUUGCCUCACAUAAUUCACGUGGAAUGUCAAUUGCACGAUACUUCACACCUGUGUCCUGUGUUGCUUGUGGGGCAACCACCAUGACAGCUCCAACAUCUCAGGGACCUGGGCUCUGUCCAGAUUGUAAGACUAAACCACAGACUACUGUUUUGUGUCUCAAUGAAAAAAUUCGGUCCUAUGAAAGGGCACUGGAACAUCUAGGAAAGGUCUGUGAAGGUUGUUUGGGUUGUCACGUCGCUGAUAUUGAGUGCAUAUCCUUGGAUUGUCCUGUUACAUACAAGCGAGAAGGAGCCAGACAGGAACAUAUGCUUGCUUCUCAGCUUCAGAAAGUAGUUCAAAAUGUUGUCGAAGCAGGAAGUACAAGUCCUGUGUGAUUAUUGUUUGGUGAUGCAAAGUUGAUCCAUUGUAUUUGGUAUUUGUCUUCUUUUUAAUGGGGGGAGGAGUCAUUCUGAUGGAAAGCCUGUAUUGAAUUGGGAACACAUACUAUUGUGAAGUCUUAUGAAUGAAUAAACACAGAUAUACAUGUGUAUACCAGAUAAACACAAAUACUCACUGAUGGUUGAAAAAAGAAAUGAUGUAUUGGAAAAUAGGUUAAAAAAACUGGGUGUUACAAUUUACUUUUCUUUGUUUUUUCAAUAACUCUUUUGAAGUGUUUUAGUCUCAUUUACUUUUUUGUUUUGUUUAUGGGGCAGUGUACGAUUAAGAACUGUCUGUCAUAUCUGUAAUAGGUUUAUUUUAGUAUAAGCAGAGAUGGAAGCCCGGUAAGUUAGAUUUUGUUGUCUGUUGAGAGUUUAAUUUAAAAAAUGGAAAAAAAUUGUGGAUUGUCCUGAUUACGAAAUCAUACUGUUAGAUACUCUGAUCAAUAAGGUAAAAGGGUAAAGAUUUUUAGGUUUACUGUUUUGUGAUCUCAUUUUGACUUUUAAUUUGUAGUUUCCUAUUUGUUGAUUGUAUCUUAUGUAAAUAUUUGUAUUUAUCUUUCUACUGUGUGAAGCCUCAUUUUUGAAGAUAAUGUUUUAGAGAUUGAUAACAAAGUGAAUAUGUAUGGUAAUAAAAGUGUACAAUAAUGAAUGAAACAAUACCUUAAAUGUUGUCACUGAAAAGGCAACAUUCUUAUGAGGUCAUUGAAUCUUUGACAAACAUACUACAUGCAGCUAUUUUAGCAUGGUCCUGCAAUAUAUUCUGAUGUAAUAUUAAUUGUAAUUAUCAAAUGAAUAAUGAGAACAAAAUUAUUAUGAUACCAGUUUAAUUGUUAUUUUUUGUUAUUAUUUUAAAAUAUUAUGAUUUAAUUUUUUGUUUUUUAAUCAAGGGUUGGUUUUACAUUACUUGUCGACAAUAUCUGUCACAGGGUAUGUGAAACCCCUGUACUCUUUUGUUACCAUUGAAUAUUUUCAAAUGUUAUUACUUAAGUUUUGUGUUCAGUGUUAUAGUACAAAUGUAUUUUGGAUUUUUAGUUGUGGCGUAUUCUUUUUCCUGUUUUGUGUUUCCUUAUUUUAGGCUUUAUACAGUAUAUAUCUAUCCUCAAAUGCAGAAAAGUGUCCAAGGGAAAUAACAGUAUUUUGUUAGUUGUGGUUCCAGAUAUGAAAUGAUAGAAGGUGGAUGUGAAAUUUAUUUGAAGAAAUAAAAAGACACAAGUAUUUCUUGAAUUUUUAUAGAGGCAUUUUUUUGCAUGGUGUGGCUCAAAAUGGGAGUGAAAUUGGAUUUUUUUCCACAUUAUUUAUCAUAUUUUAAAAAAGUGAAUGAUUUUAAUCUCUUCUCUUUCUUUCUUUUUAAAGCAUGCAUCAUUGAUAAAUUUCUUUUAUGGUCUUUUAAUGCCCUCAUCCAUGUUCUCUCUCUUUCUCCCUUGCUCUUUUUCUCUCAUCUCUCUUUUUUUCCUUUAUAAGUGUAUUUUUAGCCCAUAUUUGGAAGAUUGUGUCUGCCAAUAAUUAAAGUACAAUUCCUUUCCUUUAUUUUCCCUUUUCCGAUGAGUUAUCACCAAUUGUAUAUUUUUAAUAACUGCAAUUUUCGGAGUUUGAGCAAGGUUUUAUCGUGUGCAUUCAAGUGUCACAAAUGUGAUCUAUAUGAUAUGAUCAGUCAAUUUAACCUGUAAAUAUUCUUUUUGUUAAUGAUAAAUUAUUUUUUAUUUUAAUUGAUUACUGUCUCGGCAUUCAAAAUGUAUGGUUUUAUUGACUGCUUCUAUCACAGUUGUAAAGUGUACACUAUGCAAAACUAUGAAUAUAUAGUAAUAUAAUGUACAGUAUAGUAUUUAUGAAUGUAUAUGGUGUAACUUUUUUACUGUUGAUUAAAGGUUGGACGUUUUUAA